GCCAGCUAUAAGUACUGCCAGCUGCCGGACUGCAGUCAGUUGAAGCUGCGCCUGGGAACUGCUCAAAAUGAACUCGUUCGGAUUAAUUGCACUUGCUGUUUGUGGAGUUCUCUGCGUUGUUGCGGAACCGCAAAAAACCUACGACGGUCGCGACGGUCCCCAUGUCUUUGGCUCGCCGGGUAGUCAGGUCUAUAUUCGGGGUCAAAACGAAGGUGUCUAUAGCGUGCCUGGCGUGGGUGGCCAGUUCGAGAACGCUCCUCGGCGGGGAGAGCAUGUGUACACCGACGAGCUCGGGAACACAUUCGUAAACCGCAAGAACGCUGGUGGUCCAGCCUCCCACACAAUCAGUGGUCCCAGUCUCUCAGCCCAGAACGUGGGUCCCACAAGUCAGAACGGCCCCUACGGAGCAGUCCCAGCACGUCCUCGUCGCAGUCCUCAAUUUCACGUAGAGCGCCCGGAUCGCACUGUUGACUUUGGAGACGGGGGUUUCAGCAUUCAGCGCAGCCGCCGUAGUCCCCAGUUUUAUGUGGCACGACCAGAUCGCACUGUAACUGUUGGUAACGGCGGAGUCUACAUUCAACGCGACCGCCGCAGCCCAGUGUUCCUUGUUUUGCGCCCGGAUCGCACUGUAGAUUUCGGCAGUGAUGGUUCCGCCGUUCAACGCUUUCGCCGUGGAGUCAACGAUGCCCGCGUCCAGGGUGAAAACUUUGUGGCCCGUGAUAACCAGGCUGGUAUAUGGGACAACAAUGUUUCUGUUUGGAAGCGUCCCGACGGUCGCACAGUCACAAUCGACAGGAACGGAAAUGCCAUUGUGUCCGGACGGGGACGCCCUGCACAGCGUUACUCCUAAAAAAAACACUAGACCAUAUGACAUAUAACUAUUUUCGGGCCACGUAAAUAGGUACUUAAAUCACAUAAUAUGAAUACAGAAAUAUCCAAAAACUA